UAAAUAUUGUAUGUUUGUAGUUGUAUAAUCAUUUAAAGUAAUAUGUAUAUGAUAGAGAUAAUAAAAAAAAUCGAAUGGUGGAUUACCGAUUUCUAGUUUAUAUUUAUCAACAGUGAAGUUAUUUGCUUUCUAUUCGAAAUUUUACCAUGAUCUUAAGAAUUAUUAAAAAAAUAUGAAAUCUGAUCCUAAUAUUAUAGUUGAUCCAACUAAAGUGACACUUUCUAAAAAUGAUAUUAAAGUUAUUUGUAUAUUGAUUUCAAUGGUUAUACCAUUUUAUACUGCAGUUGAAAUAUCAACUUUUAUAUGUGAUCAGUUUACUUUCUACAGUUUCCUAACUGAGCGUGGAUUACCUUAUGGAUAUGGUAUAUCUAUCGAUGGAAUUAAGCAAGUUAAUUUUUUUAUACUUUACAACAAUUUGUUUCUAUAAUAAAAUGAAAUAAAGUUUACAUUGAGUAACGACAUCAAUUGAUUUAGAUUAACCUUUUAACACAAGUGAAAUAGAUCAAUUUUCGAAUUUAGCACGCAUAAUCAAAAGAUAUCAUAUAACUGUAUGAUGAUGAUGACCCCAUUGUAAAUGAAUUCUUUGAACUCAUUUUGGCCUUUAGAGAGAUUGAGUUAAUUCUUAUUGAGUGAUAUUUUACAUGAGUUUAAAUAAUAUAAUCUAUCGAUUUCGAACAAAAGUUUCGAUAAUGCAGAAUUGCAUAUCUUAAUUUCAAACCAUUUUAUAUAUUUAACAUGGCAUUUCACUUUGUUGUGACAGCUUAUAUUUGAUUUACGUGUGUCUGUAAUAAAAACCAAACGAUAGAUUUUCAUGACACUGUUCUCCAGUAAUUAAUGUCAUGAUUUGCACAAAACCGUAAUUGUGAAUUUUAAUAUUAAUCAUCUGUGUUAUAGUAUCUGAAAUAUGUAUAAGUAUACUAAUUCUAAACUCCGCCUGUGAACCCUCCGGAGGCUAUUGCCAGUCCCAAGUCCGGAUAAAGGAGGAAAGUUGGGUAUGGGGUUAGCGACCCAACCCCGUAGAAAACUAACUCGCUAAAAAUCGUUAACUAAAAACAAAUAUUCAUGUCUUUUCAAACUCUUUCUUACAUUUAUUACAUCAUUGAGUUUUAUUUCAACUAUCUUCCAAAAUGUUAAUCUUAUUUUAUUAACUCAGUUUUACUCAUUUUAUUCCUAUCAACGUUUACUCAUUAUGUAAUCACUUAUUACUGGCCGUUUAACUAUUAUCACAAUCAAUGUUGUUGAAUCUUCUUUUACAUAAGAUAUAUAUUUACAUUAUUUAGUCUAUUAAAUUUAAAUACACUCUUGUUAUACUGUACUAAUGUGUCUUCAAUAUAACUUCCAACUAAACACUUUCAUGUAAGUAAUUUACACCCAUUUUGUAAUUAUGAUUUUUAAAUCUUACAGGUUGCAAGCAGGUGACGAGAACCAAAUGAAAUAAAAUGAAUUCGUUCUAUCCUGCUAGAAUUUUUGUUCUUGCCCUUAUCAAAAUGAUAAAGGGAACUAUGUAAAAUUAAUCAACUUUAUAAUUCAAGUUUUAACGUAACAGUAUAAAGAUGAGAUUAAAAGUGAGGUAAACUGGAAUUAAAUAGUUUUAGUAUUAUAAAGAUGUGACAUAGUAGAAGAAUGAAAUUUAUCUUUUCCUUUGAAUGAUUCCACUAAAUUAGACAAUAUUAUAAAACAAUAUAAAUAUGAAAAUUAUGGUCAACAAUAAUAUUAACAAAAUAAAUAUUCAUCAGUAUGAAGAUGUGUAGAUUGUUGAGUUUUUGAUUAAGAUCAUGAUGCGAUCAAUGUUAGAUCAUUAUUGAGAAUCUGGAAGGAUUGGACAACAGUUUCGUCCUAGUAUAGGACUCCUCAACAGUGAGCAUUCUGGAGUCCUAUACUAGGACGAAACGGACAUCCAGUGCUCCUAGGUUUUUCAUAGUGAUCUAACAUUGAUCGAUUCAUGAUCUCAAUCAAAAACGAAUAAUUUCAACCUACUCUAGUGAUGCAUUUUGCAUUCUUUCUUGUGUAAAACAUUUCAAAUAGCGGUAAUCAGUACAUUUUUAUCAAUCUUUAUUUUUCACUUUAUUGAAUUAAUAAAUUGAUGGGUAGUUCUCUAAUUAACAUUAAAAGAAUUCGAAAGGUUUUAAAAAAUUUCCUUUAGGUGAUAUGAAAUCAUUUGAUAACAUACUGAAAAUGCUAUUCAUUUCUUUUAGUAUGUAAGUUAUUGUCGAUAAAAUAGAAUUAAUACAUUUUAUCUAAUUAUUGGUUAUUCGAUGCACAGUUCCACAGAAAUGAAACUCAAACAACAGGAUGCUCAAAAGCAAACAUCAUUAGUACAAUCAACAAAUAAUUUUGCAGCAGUUGCUCCUGGUUUAAUAUCUACUCUGAUAGUUGGUUAUAUAUCAGAUCGUUUUGGACGAAAAAUUGCGUUAGGAAUCCUCAUAGCUGGAGAAGCUUCACAAGUGGUGGCUGUUGCUGUUGUAGUUUUCUUUCGUUUAACACCAUGGGCAUUGGUUGCAUCAAAUGUAUUAGAAGGUUUAAUUGGUGGUGGUUUACUAUCAGCUAUUGCUCAAUUCUCCGUUUGUAUCACAGAUCUAACAAAUUAUGAUCAACUUAAAAAAUCUACAUCUAUUCCAAAAUCUGUAUAUGAACGUCGACGUUGGAUAUUUCUAACACUUAUUGAUGGUUUGGCUUGUUUAAGUUUGGCAAUUGCUAGUAUGAUUGCAGGUUCAUUAAUUCAUACAUAUGGCUUCAAUAUUACAAUGAUUGUUUGUAUUCUAAUCUAUAUCCCAGUUAUCAUUUUAAUAUUCUUUUUACCUGAAACAAAUCUUGUCAACCAAUUGAAAUGUGAUACUGAAAUCAAUGUAUAUAAUCAUUAUGAUAAACUAACAAAAAAUGAGAAUCAUACGACGAUGAAAUUAUCUUGUUGGCAAAUAUGUUGUCAAAAAAUUAAACAAGUAUUGAUGACUGUAAUAUCUUCUAAUCCAGUUUUAAUCAUAAUCUUAGGAAUUCUGUUUAUUGUUUCUAUAUCGGCAAUGGUGGAUUCACCAUUUGUUACUGUAUACUUAAUGAGUGAACCAUUUUGGUGGAAUUCAAAGAAGCUAGGAUUAAGCAAUGGUAUAACAGAAGCAUGCUCAGCAUUAUUAUCUAUAAUAAUUGUAAAUAUACUAUCAAGAAUUCAAUUAUCUGAAUCAACACGUUUGAAUAAUAAAGACAAUCAUGAGUCGACUGAUGAUAAUGAUGAUAAACUGGCUGAAAAUAAAAUCAAUUUUACGCUUCAAAAAACAUUAUUCAAUUUACUUAUAUUUGCAUUAAAUUUAAUGUUAUUAAAUAGAAUUUUAAUGACAAUAGCCUACUUAUUCUCAUCAUUUACAGCUAAUACAAUUGUUUAUAUUGGCUUAGUUCCAAAACUAGCGAAGAAUAUUAAUUUCCCUUUAUUGCGUACACUGAUCACCAAUUGGAGUGGGACUCAGAGAAAAGGUUUAAUUCUUUCAUUCGCUUCCUUCAUAUCAAGAAUCGGCCUAUUAAUUAGUGUAAGCGCUUUACCUUUGGUAUAUUCAGCUACUCUUUCAUACUUUCCUGGUGCUGUAUUUUUGGUAUGCGCAUCAAUGCUAUUUGUUGCAAUAUGUGCAGCAAUUUCACUCCCAUUUCUGGUGAAAUACAAAAACAUGAAGAACUUGAGGGUAUAAUAAAAGAAUUAAAAAUAAAAAUUACUAGUUGUUUUACGAAUUAUGAAAGUCGUCAACAUUCAUUUACUUCCCUUUUAUACAUUAUUGUAUAUUCAAAAGAUGAUAUCCUAGUGUAUGUUUUUUAUACUAAAAGGUAUGAACCAAUUUCAUGAUUUAAUAGAUUAUAUUAUUGAAAUUUCUCUAAAUUAGCUUAAUAAUUGCACAUACGUAUACUAAGGUUUAUUGAAGCCUCAGGCAUUCAAACCCCCUUUGUGUAUUCAAAAAUAGUUUGUUCUCACCUUAAACUUACCCUGGUAAUAUUAACUUAUUAUGCAGAGUGAUUAGGUUUCGAAUUGUUUUCACAUUAUUAUUAUUAUCCUUGUCUACUCUUACCCCCGUCCCACAUUUCCAGUCGAGUUGACCUUUUAUUUUUAUACAUUGAUGUUCUUAACAAGUAUAUGUGUGAUCAGAUUGUUCGAAAUGUAUUACGCGUAUACAUCACAUACUUCUGAUAAUCUUCGUCUUCUUACUACACUGUAUCGAAAUUUAUCAAAGGUACUAAUUGCUUUACAUUGUUUGAAUGAAUGAAAUGUUUAAAACUAUGAAUAAUGAUGUAAGAACCCUUCAAAAUAUAUCAGUGUUUUUUUAAAAAUUUAUUGUAUUGCUGAUCAAAAAAAUAAGCGGUCAUUUUUAUAAACAUGAAUGAUUGAAAGCGUGAGUCAAUUAAAGCUAAACCACCAGGGAAAAUCUGGAAGCACUGGACGGCCGUUUCGUCCUACUGUGGGACUACUCAGCAGUGAACAUCCUUGAUCCCGCACACGCGAUAUUCGAACCCAGGACCUACCAGUUUCGCGCCAAAGCACUUAACCGAUAAACCACUGAGC